AAAGAUUUCUAUCGUUUGGAAUGAUGAUGAUGACUCGAAGAGGGAGGUGGUACAAAACUUGAAAAAGGAAAAUGAAAACGCCGUAAACUGUCCUCGAUUACCUCAGCUGGAGUUCUUAAGACAACCAUACCUUUGUUACUCAAGGAUUACAGAAAUGGAUAUAACAGGCCAACAUACACUUUAUGGAAAAAAUCGAAGACCUCGCACAGCUUUUACAUCACAACAACUAUUGGAAUUAGAAAAGCAGUUUAAAGUUAGCAAAUAUUUAUCUCGCCCAAAGCGAUAUGAGGUGGCAAACAACUUAUUAUUGUCGGAAACACAGGUUAAAAUAUGGUUCCAAAAUCGAAGAAUGAAAUGGAAGAGAUCAAAAAAAAUUUCUGAACCAAAAAAAAUUCGACGAAACAGCCAAUCCGGUUCACGUUCUGAAGACAAAAGUGUUUGUUUAGACGGUUUUGUUAUAAAAAACAAUGAUUCAUCAACACAACAGGAAUCCCUAGAAUCUAAAUUUAGUGUAGUUGAACACUGUUUAGAUUCUGACCAAUGUACAAAAGAUAUCCUGAUUAGAUCUACUAUAACAUUAAAUAGAAAGGAUAUUAAUGUUUUUAAACCAUAUAUAACCUAAUAAAGAUGAUCAAAACUUGA